AUGGCACAAGAGCAGGUAGUAAAUGUAUUCACUGGCCAGACAUCAUUACUAAAACACGCACCUACAAUGGCUACGACCUACAAGCACCAGACCCUACAGGACCCACAAGCACCAAACUCCUACAGGAACUACAAGCACCAGACUCCUACAGGACCUACAAGCACCAGACUCCACCAGGACCCACAAGCACCAGACUCCUACAGACCCAAGCAAGACCACAAGACCCAUAAGCACCAGACUCCUACAGGACCCAAGCACCAGACUCCUACAAGACCCACAAGCACCAGACCUACAGGAUACAAGCACCAGACUCCUCAGGACCCCAAGACCUACAAGCACCAGACUCCUACAGGACCCAAGCACCACCAGAGGGUCCUACAAGCACCAGACUCCUACAGGGCACCACCAGACCCUACAGACCUACAAGACCCAUACAAGGCACCAGACCAGGACCCACAAGCACCAGACCCACAGGACCCACAAGCACCAAAUUCCUACAGGGCCCCUACAAGCACCAGAGACUCCUACAGGACCUACAAGCACCAGACUCCCACAGGACCUACAAGCACCAGACUCCUUGGACCAACAAGCACCAGACUCCUACAGGGUCUCCUACAAGCACCAGACUCCUACAGGACCUACAAGCACCAGACUCCUACAGGACCUACAAGCACCAGACUCCUACAGGACCUACAAGCACCAGACUCCUACAAGACCUACAAGCACCAGACUCCUACAAGACAGCUGGUAGUGGAGAGAUGGUCACCAGACCUCAUCAAUAUUCAGGGCUCGACGUUGGAGGUAUUUUCAAGGAGGCCAAUAUAG